CUUACACAUGCCCGAACCUCACACGUGACGGCAGAAGGGAUACAUGCAGCCUUGCAGGGACCCCGAUCAAAACCUGCCGAACAUGGCAUUUUUCUCCUCUAUACAACGUGCGGAAGUACACUAGAUCUCAAAGCAAGAAACAAAGCGCAUUCAGAUAACUGAUUUUGUCACGGUUACAGAGAAAACAGUCGACUGAGAGUCUCUUGCGCAGUCUCCGGCGUGAAUUCGAAUUUAUCGUUAUCCAGCGGGCCAGGGACAAAAGCCUUACCCGUCGCGGCAGCUGUCUUUGCUGCCCCCAUCAGUUCUCCACUCUCAUCCCCUCGAAUGCGCGCUUUUUCUUGUUUCUUGGCUGCUUCGGCUGGGUCGAUAUACGUGAUGGUGUACUGAACUCCUUGUGCUUUCUCCAGCGCGGAAAUGAGCCCACUGAAGGGCAGGUGGUCCCCGCGAGCACGAAUUUCGCGCCAGUACUCGCCCUCUGGGAAGAGAAGGAACACUGAGCCAACGAUGUAACGAACAACGCUGGGAUGCAUGUUAGCUCUGGUCGUUGAAAUGUGACUGUCCCCACGCACUCCUUCAAGGCAGUAACAGUCACCCCGCGUCCGCAUUUCCAUAAACCUCCACGGUAUGGUUGUCCAGAUCGAAUCCACUGAACGGCGAACACGCAUAUUCUGUAAACAGGCCCACGAGCACGAGCGUGUACUUGAAGCCUGGAACGCGCUUGGCGGUGGCACGGAGAUGAUCGCGUGUCACCACCUUGUCCCGGAGAUAUCGGAACGACCAAAUGCCUUCUUGAGAUAUAUCCGUGCCGUAUUCGGAGGGAUAGAAGUGGCGCACGCCACCUUUGACGGCAGCCUCGCUCAUGGCUGGCUGCAAACGCAUGAUGGGAUCACCCACAAGCGAGAAAACAAUGUCGAACCCUGCAAAGAGUGAGUGAGAUGUGCGUCAGAGGGAGAUUGGGAAGGCAGACCAUGGUAGAUCUCGGCGUCAAGAAACGAGCCGAAGACAAACUCGGCACCUAAUGCUCGGGCAAUAUCCAGCUUGUGGGCCUUUUCAGGUUCAGAAAGAAUGGCAAUGCGACCGAAACGAUCUUUCCGCCGGAGGAAUGUCUCUGUCAGCGGUUUUCCCAGAGCACCACUACCACCGAUGAUGAGGAUGGAACGCUUUUGAGGCGACAUUGCUGGCUGGGAUCUGUCGGUUUUUAAAUAGACUGGUUGGAAGCAUAUCUGCACUUUUGUAUGUUUGUGCACGGGUUAUGUCGGCGUAGAACCUUGUAGGUAGCCUUACAAAACCUGCGCAGAGCCAUUCAGCGCGGCUACAGUCAGCAAAGCCGUACUGUCCCACCGACCCUUCACCGAGGUAGCGGGAUAGUGUUGGAUAUAGGACGACGCUUCAGAGACCUAGAUGUUCAAGGCCCGACGGUGCAUGCCAUCAUCUAGGUCCUGCCUUGCGUCGAUUCAAGUGUAGGACAGUUGGUGGAUCUCUCCCAUAGGAGUGCAGUACUCUGGCCAGCUCCCUUGCCAUACGAGCUUGUCUGCUCCUAAUGUGCGGGAAAUAGCAGGUCUACGUGCAAUACGCUUUAACGGCAGAAAAAUAGAACGAGAGUUCGGGAACGAUCAACUCAAUUGACAUUGAUUGUUGUUUGGGUCUAUUGACUGACAUCCCAUCCGUCCUCAGCGCCAACACCAAUGGACUCUCCCAGCGGUCGAGAACACAAGAGGAAAAGGUCCGGCUCCCCGCACCAAGAUGUCCCCCCCUCAAGUCGUCGCCGGUCGCGCUCACCUUCUUUUCGCGCUCGGAGCGACGCACCCCGAGUGCAAGACGUCGACCCCGUACGUCGCGCAGAGCGCGAACGCCAACUUGCGGCUCGUGUUGCUGCGAUGGAGCUCGAGAAGGCAGACAACCCCGUCAAACCCAAAGAGCCGGAUUUGGAUGCCCAGGCAGAGUUUGCGAAACUGGUAGGAUCGCGCUCGGGUGGGGUGUACAUGCCUCCGGCGCGUUUGAGGGCUCUCCAAGCGGCUGCGGCUUCAGACAAGUCAAGUGCUGAAUACCAACGUCUGUCCUGGGACGCCCUGCGCAAGUCGAUCACCGGUAUUGUGAACCGAGUCAACAUCCUGAACAUCAAGUCUGUCGUGCCGGAGCUGUUUUCGGAGCAUCUCAUUCGUGGCCGGGGACUUUUCGCGCGUAGUAUCAUGAAGGCGCAAGCGGCCAGUUUACCUUUCACGCCGGUCUUUGCUGCUCUGGUGGCUGUUGUGAACACGAAGUUGCCUCAAGUGGGUGAAUUGCUGCUCUCCCGUUUGAUUAGCCAGUUUCGCAGAGCUUUCAAGCGGAAUGACAAGAUCAUCUGCCAUUCCACCACGACCUUCAUUGCGCAUCUCGUCAACCAGACUGUCGCUCAUGAACUUGUUGCGCUGCAAAUCAUCAUCUUGCUCAUUGAGCGGCCCACGGACGACUCGAUCGAAAUCGCGGUAGGCUUCAUGCGCGAAGUUGGUGCCUUCUUGGCUGAGAACUCGCCCAAAGCCAACGCUACGGUAUUUGAGCGGUUCCGGGCUGUGCUCAACGAGGGCAGCAUUAGCCAGCGUGUGCAGUACAUGAUCGAAGUUCUCAUGCAGGUCCGCAAGGACAAGUACAAAGACAACCCUAUCAUCCCUGAGGGCCUGGAUCUUGUUGAGGAGGAUGAUCAAAUCACCCAUCAGAUCCAGUUGGAGGAGGAGCUCCAGGUGCAGGAAGGCUUAAACAUCUUCAAAUUCGACGCGAACUAUCUUGAAAACGAAGAAAAAUACAAGGCUAUCAAGGCCGAAAUCCUGGGUGAAGACGACGAGGAGGACGAAAGCGAGUCGGAAGAGUCCAGUGAGGAUGAAAACGAAGGCAUGCGCGACCUCCGUAUCGUACUUCUCAUCUCAUGUCGCCACACAGUGCCCGAAAACAAGGAAGGCAUCGAAGACCGUACCGAGACCAAUCUGGUCAACCUCCGACGCACAAUCUACCUUUCGAUCAUGAAUGCACUGAACUACGAGGAAGCUGUGCAUAAGUUGUUGAAGAUCCAGCUUCAAGAAGGGGAAGAGAUCGAGCUGGUAAACAUGGUGAUCGAGUGUUGUUCGCAGGAGCGGUCCUACUCAAGUUUCUAUGGUCUUGUCGGGGAACGUUUCAGCAAGCUCAAUCGCAUCUGGACGGAUUGUUUUGAGCAAGCGUUCGAAAACUACUACGGCACGAUCCACCGCUACGAGACGAACCGGCUACGGAAUAUAGCUCGGCUGUUUGGUCACAUGCUCAGCACCGAUGCCAUUUCGUGGAUGGUUCUCCGAUGCAUCAAAAUGACGGAGGAUGACACGACCAGCAGCAGUCGAAUUUUCGUGAAAAUCAUGAUGACGGAGAUGACGGAAAGCAUGGGUCUGAAGACUGUUGCGGAACGGUUCAAGGAUUCGGAGAUUCGACAAGGCUGCCAGGGAAUGUUCCCGAUGGAUGUGCCAAAAAAUACUCGUUUCGCGAUCAACUAUUACACAAGUAUCGGACUCGGCGCGAUCACGGAGGACAUGCGUGAACAUCUGAAGAACGCACCGCGGAUGAUCAUGGAGCAACGGCGGGCGAUGCUCGAGGCCGAGUCGUCCGACUCGGAUUCAGACUCCUCAGAUUCGGACACGGACUCGGACUCGGAUUCCAGCGACUCGGAUUCGGACUCAGAUGAUUCGAGACGCCGCGGCAGUCGAAGAGAAACACGACGAGACGAUACUCCUCCUCGGCACAAAGAGGAGAGGCGUCGAGAUGACAGCCCACGCCGCCGACAGGAUGAUACUCCUCCUCGGCAUCGCGAGGCCACUCGCCGGCAAGCUGACCACCGCGAUGAUAGCCGUACUCGCCGUCAAUCGCCUCCUCGAGGAUCUCGUCGCGAUGAUUCGCCUCCGCGCCGAAGGGCAGAAUCCCCACCUCGUCGAAACGGAGAUUACGAUCGCCGCCGGGAUGAUUCGCGCGACCGCGAUUACAGGCGGAGAAGGUGAUGAGAACACAGGUUAUCACUUGCAAUUUUGUUGUACAGUGCAACGAUGAAAUUAAUCGGUCUGAAGGGGA